UUUCUUUUUGCAUUUUACGUUUGGGAAGCGUUUUUCUUAUCGAAGUCAGAGACAAUGGCACACGAGGGUUCUGGGAACGCGUCGGUCGCGGCAGUGAGCGUGAAAGUGCCUCCUUUCUGGGUAGAAGAACCCGAGAUGUGGUUCGCUCAGUUAGAGGGACAAUUCCUCGUGGCCGGAAUAACGGUGGACGCGACAAAGUUCGCAUACGUGGUCGGCAAUCUGGAGGGUCGUUACGCUAGAGAAGUGGCAGACAUUAUAAAAAACCCGCCGAUAGCGGACAAAUACGACACCUUGAAGAGGAAGCUUGUGGCAAGAUUGUCCCAGUCAGAGGACAAGAAGCUACGUCAGCUACUGGAAAGAGAAGAACUGGGGGAUCGCACUCCCAGCCAAUUUCUAAGGCAUCUCAAGAGUCUGGCAGGAGAAGCGGUACCGGAAAAAUUAUUAAGCAGCAUUUGGUCCGGUAGACUGCCGCAGUCGGUGCAGACAAUAUUAGCAACACAGGAAAAAGCACCAUUAGAAGAC